UUGUUCUCCGCGCUGCGUGGGCGAGGACCGUCUACCCUGCCCGUGGCCCGCCAUCUCUUCCCGACGGAAGGAACAUCAUGCCUUCUAUUAAGUUGCAGAGUUCUGAUGGAGAGAUAUUUGAAGUUGAUGUGGAAAUUGCCAAACAGUCUGUAACUAUCAAAACCAUGUUGGAAGAUUUGGGAAUGGAUGAUGAAGGAGACGAUGACCCAGUUCCUCUCCCAAAUGUUAAUGCAGCAAUUUUAAAAAAGGUUAUUCAGUGGUGCACCCACCACAAGGAUGACCCCCCUCCUCCUGAGGAUGAUGAGAACAAAGAAAAGCGAACAGAUGAUAUCCCUGUUUGGGACCAAGAAUUCUUGAAAGUGGACCAAGGAACACUUUUUGAACUGAUUCUGGCUGCAAACUACUUAGACAUCAAAGGUUUGCUUGAUGUUACAUGCAAGACUGUUGCCAAUAUGAUCAAGGGGAAAACACCUGAGGAGAUUCGUAAGACCUUCAAUAUCAAAAAUGACUUUACUGAAGAAGAGGAAGCCCAGGUACGCAAAGAGAACCAGUGGUGUGAAGAGAAGUGAAAUGCUCUGCCUGACACUGUAACACUGUAAGGAUUGUUCAAAAUACUAGUUGCACUGCUCUGUUUAUAAUUGUUAAUAUUAGACAAACUGUAGACAAACACAGCAGCAAAUCAGUUGUAUUAGCAGACUAUUGUCCUCAUUGCAUGUGUAGUUUGCUUAGAUUCCAUAUCUAUAU